GCGGAAAUGAGGUUUCCGUGGAGACAGCGGAGCCUGCGGAAGACGGCGGCGGCACCUGCGAGGGGAGGCCGAAGCAGGGUAUGGCGACGCCGACGGCCCUGUGAGAGCGAAGCGGCCGCGGGGUCCGCCAUGAGCCGGCGGCCCUGACAUGGGCGCCAGCGGCUCCAAAGCUCGGGGCCUGUGGCCCUUCGCCUCGGCGGCGGGGGGCGGCGGUCCGGAGGCGGCGGUCGCAGAGCAAGCUUUGGUGCGUCCGCGAGGCCGAGUCGUACCCCCCUUCGUAUUCACGCGCCGCGGCUCCAUGUUCUAUGAUGAGGAUGGGGACCUGGCUCAUGAAUUCUAUGAGGAGACAAUCGUCACCAAGAACGGGCAGAAGCGGGCCAAGCUGAGGCGGGUACAUAAGAACCUGAUCCCUCAGGGCAUCGUGAAGCUGGAUCCCCCCCGCAUCCACGUGGAUUUCCCUGUGAUCCUCUAUGAGGUGUGAGCCUAGGGGGUGGCAGGCAUAAGCACCCCCUGCCUCAGGAAGAAACCCCCAGGUUCAAGGUGUGGCUUCCUUUGAGGAAUCUAGGCUGAAGCCACAUCCUGAAUAAACUCCUUUGGCCUGGAACCUUCCUUCAGCUGUGAGCGGGGCAGUCCUGCAUUGUCGGUCAGGUGCUGGUUUGUAUGCAGACAAGAGAUGGCUGGCUGGUGGCUGGUGAGGGCUAAUAGUGGUGUUACCAGCCCAUCUUCCCCAGCAGUCCAACGAGGAGUGUGGCAGGGCAUACAAUGAUUGGGAAUGCCUGGUUCCUGUGCCCUUGCCUGAUCUGCUUUCUUCCAAGCUUGCCUAGGGCCCAGCCCUGCUAGGGGCUACAGCACUUUACAAGUAAGGUCUGCCUUCUUCCAGCCCCUGGGCUGUGGGAGCUGUACACAAGUAGGAACUUCCUUUCCCUCACUUCCUUCACCCUUUUGUUGGAGCAUUUCAGCCGUUUGCUACCUCGAUUCCUCCUCUGUUGGACAGAGGCUGGGGGCAACGCAAGCCUGAUUCUUCCUGCCUACCUGCCAUGUGUUCCCACCCCCAGAUGGAUGGACAGUUUGUUGGCUAUUAAUAGGAGUGGGGACUGGUGUGGGAGGUUUCUCCCCACCCAGGACAGGGCUGAUCCCUCCCCUCUGCAACUAGUUGUGUCCCUUGUCAUCCUUCCCCCCAUCCCACCCCCCAGUUGCGAGAGUAGAGGAUGGGAUGAGGAAGGGCUAUGGAUGCCUGUGCCUAUGGGGAGUUGCCCCUAAGCCACUUACUCCAUCUAGUCCCCCUUGUCUUUGCACCAGCCCCGCACCCCCACUGGGAGGAGACCAUCUGCCACCCUGUGGUGAGGGACAAUACCCUAGGACUGGUGCCAGUAACUCUGAGGAGCCCCGCCACCCCUUCCCCUACAGUGUGCCCCUCUCUGCAGGAUCAGUCAAGGGAAUGUACCAGAGCCAGAAAGGAGAGAACCACCAUAAAAGGAAUACUUAAAAUGUGAAAGUUUGUAAAUAGUCUAGUCCAUGAUGUUGUUGGGGCAGAGUCUGAUUUCUACAUAGAAAUGACUUUUUUUAAAUUCUUUACUGUGCUUCAAGAGUGUGGAAAAUGGUAUGGGGAGGGUGGCCCCCAAUCUAGGAAGGCUGUCGUGUUAUUUGUUCAGUUUCAAUAAAAUUAUUUGUAGACCCUGCA